CUAUAAAAGGGGUAUUGAGGUUCUUUGGCAGGCAUUAGUUUGUUUUAGACUUUUCGUGAAGAUGAAGCUACUGUUCGCUACCGUUCUGCUUGCUGUCUGCGCUGCAGCUCAGCCACUCACAGACGACCAGAUGAAGAAGGCGGAAGGGUUCGCGCUCGGCUGUCUGGAGCAGCACAAGGGUCUCAACAAGGAGCAUCUGGUGCUGCUGCGCGACGGUGACUUCUCCAAGGUGGACGCCGACACGAAGUGUUUCCUGCGCUGCUUCCUGCAGCAGGCCAACUUUAUGGAUGCGGCCGGCAAGCUCCAGAACGACUACGCCAUCGAGCGGCUCUCGCUGAACCGCGAAAAGUCGAAGGUGGAGGCGCUGGUGAAGAAGUGCAGUGCCGGCGUCGAGGUGGAGGACAGCUGCGAGACGGCAUUCCGGGCAGUGGAGUGCUACCAUCGCGAGAAGGCUUCGCUGCUGUGAUAUCGAUGGCGCAAAAACGACCGCCAGCUAACGACGGCCGACGGCUGAACGAUGCGUCGUGGCCAGUCGUGGUCCCGUUUUGUGAAUGUGAUUAAAUGUGGUUUUUUGUAAAACAAAACAAA